UGUCCCUUGCUUGGCUAUUUUGAAAACGUACAAUUAAGGGUCCGCCAGAGGGGGAAUCAUCCAUGUGGGGGGUUGCAUAAAACCAAACAAAGUGAGCAAGUGAAAGUGAAGUGUGUAACAUGGAAAUUGUUUACACUCCUGGCAGUUGUCUGGUCUGGAGUAACUUUCGAUGCUGUACGUUGAGCUUUUUUCUUUCAUUCUUUUUGGCAUGUACUUAACUUCCGUGCUAUGUGUAAUGUAAACGUAUUUCGUCGUAAAACGCUCGAUAUUCUAAACGUCGUGCGUUUACACAACUGAGAUUGUUUUCAGAGAAGCUUCUUUAGCUGGCACGAAGAACUAGUAGUAGUUUAUUGUCACGUCGUCCAAGGUCUUGAGGGUAUGGUGUCGUCAUAGCUGUCAAGCCCUGAAUUCUAAUGAAAACAAUAACAAAGAGAUGCAUUCGAAUUCUUAUCCUGCUGGUAAUUGAUCCCAGUCGAUUCAAACGCCCUUUCUAGAGCAGUAUGGGAGAAGAAAACUGUGUUGUGUGUGACCUUCAAGAAAAUUUUUUAACAGAGAACAGAACGACCUUGGCGAAUUUAGACUGAGAACCACUACUGAUAAGAAGACGUCAGCUGAUGUGCCAUGACGAACCCCCGGGAAGAAAGACACGUCUAGCCACUGACAUAUCAGGAGACGUAAGCAUAUCAAAUGUACAAUGAGUAACAAUAGCACGCAGACGUUUGCCCAGAGUGGUGCAUUGUUGAGGGAUCGCAGACAGAAAACCUUCAAGAUAAUCGUCAUUGGAGAUAGCAGCGUUGGGAAAACUUGUCUUACGUUCAGAUUCUGUGGUGGCCAGUUUCCAGAGAGAACGGAAGCAACUAUAGGUGUUGACUUUAGAGAAAAACGUCUAAGAAUUGACAAUGAGGAUAUAGUACUCCAAUUAUGGGACACUGCGGGGCAAGAGAGAUUUCGGAGAUCAAUGGUACAACACUAUUACCGCAAUGUCCAUGCCGUUGUCUUUGUGUACGAUGUCACAAGAAUGUCAUCAUUUCAGUCAUUACCCUUGUGGAUUGAAGAGUGCAACAUGAUAGCCUUAGCUAUAACAUUCCAAGAAUCCUGGUAGGAAAUAAGU